AUGGAUGUGAGCUCUUCUUCGUCUAAUGAUUUAUCUUUUAUUCCUCAAGUAAGGGCCGAAAAAGUCCCCAAAAUUGGGCAAGAAUUUGAAUCAUUGGAAGAAGCCCAAAAAUUUUAUAAUGAAUAUGCAAGGGAAGCUGGAUUUAGUAUUCGAAUGUCGACUACUAAUAGAAACAAAAGUAAUGAAAUCAUCAGGAAGGAAUUCGUUUGUUAUAAAGAGGGGACUAGAGAAAAAGGGGAAUUCAAAUCCGAUGGUAGUAGAAGACGUGGGACAACUAGAGAAGGAUGCAAGGGUAAGAUGGUUGUUGUAAGGUCAACUUCUAAACUGAGUUUCAUUGUAUCAAUGUUUUGUGAGGCCCAUAAUCAUGUCCUUACAACACCUAGAAAGGUGCAUUUGCUUAGGUCUCACCGUACUAUGUCAACUGCUAAAAAGGCUUUGACACAACAACUUUCUGCAGCGAAUGUGCCAAUUCAUCAACAGAUUAGUAUUUUGGAGUUAGAAGCAGGAAGUCUAGAAAAUAUUGGGUGUACCGAGAAGGAUUUUUACAAUGCUCGAAGGGAUGAGGUGAAACUAUUUGCUGGACAUGAUGCUCAAAUGCUAUAUGAGUAUUUUGAAGCAGAAAAGGAAAAAAAUACGGAAUUCUAUUUUUCAAUCGAUGUGGACGUUGAAAACAAGAUAACACAUUGUUUUUGGGCAGAUGCAACAUGUAGAAAGGCAUACCAAACUUUUGGGGAUGUAGUAGUGUUGGAUACUACUUAUAAUACAAAUCGUUAUGGUUGA